UCAUUUUUUUUUGUUCAGUUUUUGAGAGGCAUAAGCGACGCAAGCGGAAGUUAAGGUGUGUUCUUCACUUGACAGGUGCUCAAAAAAAGGCGAAUUUUCCUACACAUAUCUGGGCAAGGUGGUGUCCGUGUGCCCUUAGAGUCUGUGCCUCGGUCAGCGAUGUCCACAGGAGAGGAUCAGAAUGUGGAAUGCCCGUUGUGCAUGGAACCGCUAGAAAUGGACGACAUCAACUUCUUCCCAUGCACUUGCCUAUACCAGAUUUGUCGAUUUUGUUGGCACCGUAUCAGGACUGACGAAAAUGGGCUCUGUCCUGCCUGCAGAAAACAGUACCCCGAGGACCCGGCUGACUUCAAACCGCUCUCAGUAGAGGAGCUGCAUAGGAUAAAGAACGAGAAGCGCCAGAGGGACCUGCAGAGGAAACAGAAGCUCUCUGAAAAUCGUAAACAUUUGGCCAACGUUCGCGUUGUACAGAAAAAUCUGGUGUUUGUCGUAGGUUUGCCACCGCGACUAGCGGAAGCGGAAACGCUCAAGAAACAGGACUGUUUUGGUAAAUAUGGUAAAACUCACAAAGUGGUCGUCAAUCAGAGCACCUCGUACGCGGGGCUGCAAGGCCCUUCAGCGAGCGCCUACGUCACCUACUACAAGGCGGAGGAUGCGCUGCGAGCCAUCCAGGCUGUCAACAACGUGAAAGUGGAUGGAAGGACUCUAAAAGCUUCCCUCGGCACCACAAAAUACUGCAAUUAUUUUCUGCGUGGUCAGCAGUGCCCAAAGACGGACUGCAUGUAUUUGCAUGAGUUGGGCGACCAGGCAGCGAGUUUCACAAAAGAGGAGAUGCAACACGGUAAACACCAGGAGUACGAGCGUAAGCUGCAUGAACAGAUGUUAGCAGCCAACAAUAACGUGGCUGCGUGUGCCCCUCCGCCCGCGGUGGCUCCGGCCGCUGCGCCUGUCUCGACUACUGCCCCGAAGAAGGCCAACAAGCCGCGCAAGCCAGGGCUGGCACCGCGGCACGCUAGGCAAAGCGAACAGAAGGCAGCCGCGGCUGCUGCCGCUGCGGCGGCUGCGGCGAACAACACUACGAGCGGCGGUACACCACCGGUGCCCAAGGAAAACAGAAACACGCCGCCUGAGGAUCCGUCGCCAACGUUUACGGCGUCCCUAUCGCCCCCGUCGCCCGAGACGUCGAGGGCUGGUGGCGACGACGCGAUUGCCCACGAAGACGACUUGGGCUUCGACCCGUGGGACGAAUGCUCUAAGGGUCUGGCGGACUUACUCGAAAAGGAGGCAGUCUCGGCGACCACUUCGACGACAACGGCUGUACCACGGUUGGCAAGCAGCAAUUCCCUCUGCGCUCAUCCUCCGCCUGCUCUGUCAACUCCGCUGUCUACACCGCUGUCUACAUCGCUGUCAACGCCGCUUUCGACGCCACUGUCGGCGCCAUUGGCCACAAGUUUGUCAUCACCGCUACAGGCCCCCUUGUUGUCCAUGCACCAUCAACAGCGGACACCUUUUCUGCAGCCAUCACGCCCAGCGCCGCCUUUUGAACCUUUGCUACGCAGGCCUCCACCACCGCCGCCGCCAGGUUUUAGUCCAUUCCUAGUAGGACAGCAAACACAGAAACUGAUGCCCCUGGCAACGCACCAGGGGCCAGCCAUGCCUGGUGCCGGGAACGGGCUGGCAGAACUGUGCGCGCUGCGUGAGUCUCAAGAAGCACUUCGCUCGCUUUUGCCCACAGUGAACAUAACCUUUGGGCCACCCCUUGGGGUUGGCACACAGGGUGGUGCCGGUUCACACCAUGCCCCGCACCUGAGGGGACCUCCAUCUUCACAGUUUGGAAACAGCUGUCCCCCACCCUGGGGGAACAGUGCAGUCCCAGAAAUGCCCUGGAUCUCUCAGGACCCUGCCAUCCUGACUGGGGGAAGCCUAACAGAUGCCACUAACAUGGCUGCGCGUUUCUAGGCUUCUCUCUCUACCCGCUGCGCUCUGAACCCAGUCCCCGCCUACCUUCUCAAUUUUUAUUUUCUCUUUACAUCGACCACUGUGUGGAUCAUGAUGAGUUCCACAGAACCAAAAUUUGACCCGGUUAUGUCUUUCUCUGAAAAGACUCCCUAAGGUGCUGCUGUGGAAGCUUUUCUCUCUCUCUCUCUCUCUCUCUCUCUCUCUCUCUCUCUCUCUCUCUCUCUCGUUUUUCUUUUCAUUCUCUCUUUGCUUUCUAAAUUUAAGAAAGAAGAAAAAAAAAAGAUCCCACAAAGUGACGGAAUAAACAGUACGCAGUGAAAGUCAAGGCAUUUUGUUGUAGUUGUCACAAGUGCGCCACCUUGAUGGUCACUUGUCUACAGCAAUCUCCUUAGUCUUCAGUAUUCAUUGGCAAAGCAGGAGCAGAGAUUGAUCAGCAGCUGUUGCGUUAUUCCAUAGCCAUUCAUUCUGCUUUCUGUGGCAACAAAUGGUGGAUACGCAUAAUGUUAAUAGCGCUUAAGGUCACUUGGAGCUGUAAAACAGUGCCACAUAGGAUUACAGGUUAGGUUAAAGGAUCAGUUAAAGGGACCCAGAUAUAACUAAAUUAAGCUGACUAAAAUUAUCUUGCACCUUGCGAGGAUUGUUAUGGGAUAUUGAAACUUGAGCAAACUACAGUAAUCACUGCUGUAGAAGGCUUCUGAAUAUAUGGCAUGUACCGGUGGAAAUGGACCCCGGUGAAAGUGGCAGACACUGCUGUUUUGUUCGUUUAUUUUUGCCUCCAGAGUCUAUGGCAUAGGAUUCUUAGAUAAUUUUUUUAUGUCUCUCACUUUCUGUCUUUAUCUCAUUAACACACUAUAGCUCAGAGCCACAAAUGCACUGUGUUUGUGCCCUCAAGCUCGUAUACUUGAUUUUUUGUGCAGUGUGUGAUGACUCGAAGCUUUCUAUACAAGCAGCUUACCCUUGUUGCAUUUUGUUUUAAGUUUGUUAUAGUGCAAAUAUUUUUUGAGCAAAGCAUCUUUUUAUUAGUGCUCAUGGCUAUUGUUAUUUUCUGAGCAAGACAACAGUUGAUAUUUUUGUUAUUCAGUUUCACAGUAUUGAUGUCAGUGCUGUGACUAAAUGGAUUUUAUGCAUAAAAUGAACUUCCGUCUUAGUUUUUGUCAAGUUCUCCUAUUUCACAUGGCUCAUUUUCACAGUGCCUUUUCUAAAGGUAGAACAACAUGAGCAGACAACACACUAUUUGAGCUUGUAUGUGAGAUUAAACUCCGUUGAUUCUCGAUAAGUCACAGCCCCUUCUUUCUGUUGAAUACCUCACGAGUGUUGUCAAGUCUCUUUGAUGCAGCACUAUCUUGCUCUCUGUAUGGUUUGUGAUGCAAAAAUUGAUGAGCCUAAACUAACAGAAUGUCUACAGGGUUGUCAACUUGCUCAUGCAGAAAGUCUGGACAAGAGUUGAAUUGGGGGCCGUAUAGAGGGAGCUAUGGUUUGGUGGAAUCCGUGUUCUCUUGUUGAUUUUGUGUGUUGUUACGGUUAUUUUAUCUCUUUGCUGCCUGCAAUACUACAAUAUGUCAUCCUUCCUUUGUAGGUAAUUAAGUUCAUUGGACAUAUGGAACACUAAAGAGAAAGAUGAGUAGACCUGUAAUAGUAAAUUAUGCUUCUACAAUUCCGAAAAGCAUUCUUUACCAUCAGAGCAGGCUUGGUAAGCCAUAAAAGAGGCAAAAAUGAAAAGAUGGGUGGCAAUGCAACUCGGAAGUUCCCACACUAGCUCACUAUGACAUCGUGGAUUUUGGUGGUCUGCUUUGGCCAAGUUAAUUGCGUAUCGACAAAGAAUGGCUACUUGUCAUUAUAAAGGAACCAAAGAACAGACUUUGCAAGUUUCUAGAACAUUUACUGUACUGCAAAGAGCAGUAUGAAAAAAUGCAUUAAAAUCCAUGAUGCCGCACUGAUAUAUCUGUGCAUACAAAAAGUGAAUGUUUCGCUUUCCUUUUCAAUCCUAGUAAUCAACCUCUUAUUGUGAAGUUAAUGAUUAUAGAGGUUUGAAAGUAUACUUUGCCAAUAUAAACUAAUUUAACAUUUCUCUAAAGUGUUCUUGUUCUCUUUUACACUAAGCUCUACCAUAAUGUGUUGCAUCUGCAUUUCCAUGACCUCCUUAUGAACAUUUAAUUGUAUGGAAUACUCUCUCUGCACAAAGUCAUCAAAAUUGAGUGAUACAAUUUGGGUAGUUGCAUGUUUUUCAACGUACAACUAGCACACCCAUCCUGCAGGUUAAUACAGCCCUCGGGUAUUGCCAUGCAGGCCUCACACUGGGACUAGUGACCUACAGGAUGAACUUGAAAAUUUGACCUUUUGAUGAAAUCUGAGGCAGUCCAGCACAUUCCAGAGCAAUUGGCAACCCUAUAUAUGCUUAGUGUUAAUUUUAGUCGGGAGUUCAUCAGGUUUAGCUCUGAACAGUGCUUUUAUGUUAUAAGAACGUUAUCAGCUUGCUUGGGCAUGCGGCAAUUUUAACACAACCUUUCACUGCAUUACCUGCAUGACCUCUGUUGCAUGUGUUCGUAUAUGUGUUUUUCAUGCAUGUGUUUGUGUAUGUGUUGGGUACAAGAUGGCAAUCUGAAAGCAAAUGCUAGCGAGUAACAGGGAAAAUACAAUGUUGUGCAUUUGUGGCUUACCUGGAGUGUGUUAAGUUUCAGUGAUCGCUUGAUUGCUGUAAUCAAUGAUUCGCUGUCACAGCCAUUAGUGAACCACAAGGCUAGCCAUUUAGUACACCUGGUGCAAGUAGUACUAUGCUUUUGUGAACACUAGGAGGAAAUUGCAUGCAGUGGUAAUGAGGGACUCUUAUGAAGAGCAUCGUAGACAAACUUGUCUCUCUUGUGGCUGCUCUUGCGUUGUAGCUCCGGAAACUCAAGUGUGUAAAGGACAAAUCGUGCGAGAGCAGCUGCCUAGUGCCUGCUCUACCUUAAUUUCUUGUGGAGAAAAAAAAAGAACUACUGCUUUGCCUUGAACAAGACAGGACAUCUACACUAGUGUGUGUUUAACUGUACAAAAUGUUGCAGAAUUAUUUUCUAAGGGCCAAGGAAGUGCAUUCUCGAAUAAAAGCUUCACAAGGUGCUGCAAGUGACACAGCCCAGCCAAA